AUGAAGAAACUUAAACUUGUAAAUCAAAAAGAAACCAGUAUCAAAGUAUCUAAAACUCCCUCUAACAAUGAAUCCAUCACAGCAAUAGAAACCUACCUCUGCACAUCUAACAAGCAAUCGAAGAUUGACUGUAAUGAUGGUGGUCCGGAACCUAGAUGUAAAAAUAUCAGUAAAAUAGUACCUCAAGGUUGUAAAGCGUAUGACCUUACUUUUGAUUCUCGUAUACCGGAAGAUAUCCCAAUUUUUGAUAUUAAUUUAAAUCCCACGUCAUCUUCAACCAACAUUUCUCUUGAAAGUUACUUUCGUUUGUUAUCCUUAACAACAGAAUUUAGUCCAAACAACCCUAUUCACUACAUUUCAGAUCAACAGUUAUAUGUCAUCUUUGGAAAUGUGACGAUUUUUUAUUCUCGUUUUUCGUCUGAGCAUAAGUUAGGCAUUGCUUGCAAUAAUAAAGCUAGUUCUGACUCGAUUAUUAUCUUUGAACUCAAAGAUAGUUCUAUUAUUGAUAUUAUUCCAACGAUUAAAAGAAAUUAUCAAUCAAGUUAUUGGGGCUACACUUGGGGUCUAAGAUCAUAUGAUGACACUUGUUAUUUAAAACACGCCAUUAAAAGCCUUCCAAAAUCCAACAACGAAGGAAAUAUCCGAUUUGGCGUAAGAGUAUCUAAUUAUUUUACUUACGAGACGGAAAGUUAUGAACGUACACUUGGAGGUGCAAUAGCCAACCUUGGUGGUUUCUAUGUUGCUUUGAAUUCAAUUUAUGUUUUAUUAUUUGGAAUGCCAAAAUUAUCUCCAUGCUUAAAAACAAAACUAGCAAAACGAUAUGUCUCAUCUUCAGGAAUCAUCCUAUCACAAAAAGUAUUGAACCGGCGUAACGGUGCGACAUUGGAGGAUCGUGUCCAAAUGUUGGAAACAAUGUUGCAAGAUUACUACCUUGACAAUUAUCAAUGGGAGGCAAUUUUUUCAACGAUGAUAUAUGACCCAACUCAUGUUUUCAAGAAGCUUCGUAAUAAUUUAUCAAAGAGUCAUACAGGACAAGAUGGAGUUUAUGAUUAUACUAGUCAUCAUGCAACAGCUAAGUCAUCAAGGCUAACUGAGUGUCAUAUUUGGUUAACACCUUGGAGUAAGAUGCGUGUUGAUUUAGCCGAACAAACUCUUUCAAAGGAUGUUGAGAAUGCAUUAGAGGCUAUUGAAGAAUUGAAUGACAUCUCUGAAGGGAAAAGCGUAAGAACUAUAAAUACUAAUAGAUGUUAG